CCCGUGCUCUAACCAUUCUUUUUCUUUCCUUUUUAUCCCUCAACCGGAUCCGCACCAAUAUCUUGUCGUUAUUGAUUAUUGUUGGAAUUCAUAAGUUUAUUAUACCCUCUUCUCGUCUCUGAAAAUCUCUGCAUCGGAUUGAGCUAAAACACGUAAAGAUAUACAAGAGAGGCGUUAUCUGACAAAAGGGGGGCCGUUACAAGAAUAACGAGAGGGCGACCCCUUUUGGAUGAUGGCGCAGCUGGAAAAGAAAGGAGGUGCAGAGGCGGCGGCGGCCGGGGAGGAGGAGGAGAGGUUGUUGAUGGAGGAUGCGACGGUUUUGGAUUUUGAUAUGCUGUGUUCAACUGUUGCCAUGCAGGCGCACAAGGGGAGAUGGGGAAAGUUGAAUGGAGAUAAUGAAGAUGAGAAAUUUGUGUCUGAUUGUCAUCAAUAUGGAGGGGGGGUCUUUAGAAUGUGGGAAGGUGAGCUUGUUUAUGACUGCUUCGAUGAUCGGCGGAUCGCUCUUCAAUCCACCUGUUGUCCAUGUUACAGAUUUGGCAAGAAUAUGAAGCGAGCUGGAUUUGGUUCUUGUUUCCUUCAGGGAUUCAUUCACUUCAUUCUUGCUGUUGUUGCCCUGUCCAAUCUGCUAGCAUUCAUAAUCACCAGAACGCGGUGCUUUCUGUAUUUGGCUAUUGCUUUCACUGUCUUCAUUGGAACGUAUCUGGGAUAUCACCGGAUGCAGAUUAGGAGGAAGUUCAAUAUAAAAGGUGGAGAAAGUUCUGUGGAUGACUGUGUUCACCAUCUUGUUUGCCCGUUUUGCACUUUAUCUCAGGAGUCCAGGACAUUGGAGAUGAACAAUGUCCAAGAUGGGAUCUGGCACGGCAGAGGGGACACCAUAUGCAUAGGAAGCUUCUCCGAGGAUGCUAAAGCAUUCUUGGAGUUGAGCCCACAUUUUGUUGUGUCAACAAAGUCUCCAGAACUCCUUAGCAUGCAGAAAACCUCAAAUGACAGCAUUGUUUUAUCAGCUUCUGUGGUAGACCAUUCUCCUUCUCUUGUCCCCCAUCCCAAGUGAUGUUUCAUGUCUCAAUACUAGACGCCAUUGAAAAAAGAGUAAGAUCAAGUAACACAAUGGCUAUUCCACGAGCACAAAAGAUUGUUAGCCAUGUCGAGCUCAAUGCAGCUUAGAGAAGGUCCAAUGUACAUAUGUAGGUUGUAAACUAGUGUUGAAAAUGUAAGAAAACUUUGCAUUAUGCAUUUAUUUGUUAAGGAAGUGAUGCAAUGGCAUUUUGCAA